GGCCAUUUAAUCGAGACCGACAAUUUGACAGAUUGACUUAUAUACAUAAAACAGAAAGGAAGGUGCCAAAGAAGAAUAAGAAGAAACAGUGAAAGUGGUCCUUUUGGUGUCAUGAGCUACUUCUUCGCGUGUCUCAGAUUCGCGUCGACCACCGCUAUAUUAUACUAGUGAAAGAGAAAGUGUUAAUUUUUUUUAUUAGUUUUGUUUAAUUUUCUGUUUUUUUUUUCUUCGUAAUGGAUGCCGAACAGUUCAGGGAGUUCGGGAAGGCGGCCGUCGAUUAUAUCGCGGAUUAUUUUGAGACUAUUAGAGACAGGCCGGUCCUAUCAGGAGUGCAACCAGGCUACCUAGGCGACCUCCUCCCAAAGGACCCUCCACAGUCUGGGGAGUCAUGGCGCGACCUUCUCCAGGACGUAGACAGAAUCAUCAUGCCUGGAAUCACUCAUUGGCACAGCCCACAUUUCCACGCUUAUUAUCCGACAGCCCAUUCAUUUCCUAGUGUUGUGGGUGAACUUAUGAGUGCGGGAUUUGGUGUAGUGGGACUUAGCUGGAUUGCGAGUCCAGCAAUGACCGAACUAGAGGUAGUAAUGAUGAACUGGUUAGGAAGAAUGCUGGGCCUCCCUGAGGAGUUCUUGAAUUGUUCAGAAGGUCCUGGAGGAGGAGUGAUUCAGGGCUCUGCUAGUGAGGCUACCUACGUAGGUUUACUGGCAGCCAAAGAAAAAAAAGUCAAAGAUUUAAGAGAGAAAAACCCUGAUUUAUUGGAGGCUGACAUUAAAGGAAAAUUAGUAGCUUAUACGUCCAACCAAGCCAAUUCUUCCGUGGAAAAAGCUGGAUUAUUGGGUUCAAUGACAAUGAGACUAUUACCAUCAAAUAAAGAAGGACAACUGAUAGCUGAAACAUUUGCAGAAGCGGUCAGAAAAGAUAAAGAGGCUGGCCUAAUUCCUUGUUAUUUGGUUGCUAAUUUAGGUACCACUCCCACUUGCGCCUUUGACAAUCUAGAAGAAUUAGGACCCAUAUGCAACAAAGAAGAUAUUUGGCUUCAUGUGGAUGCCGCCUACGCAGGCACCGCUUUCAUUUGUCCAGAAUAUCGUCAUCUGAUGAAAGGAGUUGAACUUGCAGACUCAUUCAACUUUAAUCCCCACAAGUGGAUGUUGGUAAACUUCGAUUGUUCAGCCAUGUGGAUCAAAGACGCUAAGUACUUGGUGGAGGCAUUUAACGUUGAACGGAUCUACUUGAAAGAUCAACACAAAGGUUUGGCACCGGAGUACAGGCACUGGCAGAUUUCUUUAGGUAGACGAUUCAGAGCGUUAAAGAUCUGGUUCGUAUUACGAAUCUAUGGAGUGGAAGGGAUUCAGAAACAUGUCAGAGGUCAGAUCGCUUUAGCUCAGUAUUUCGAACAACUGGUCAAGAGCGAUGCACGUUUUGAAAGUUGCACUUGCAGUAUGGGUUUGGUUACGUUCAGGCUUAAAGGAGACGAUAUCCUUACUGAAAAACUUUUGCAAAAAAUCACUGACGAAAAAAAGCUGUUUUUGAUAGCCGGACAUUUAAAUGGUAAAUUUGUAAUAAGAUAUGCCCUGUGCAGCAGAUUAACCGAGAGGCGUGAUGUUGAAUUCUCUUGGAAUGAAAUUAGAAAUGCUGCUGAGGAAAUUGUUCCUUCUAUAAAGAAAAUUGUAGCUGACAAACAGAGCUUACCAGCUGCUUUGAAUAUCGAAUGCAACUUAAGUGGUAAUAUAGAAAAGUCUAAGUAGAUAAUUGGUGUUAUAGCAGAUUUUAGAUUAGUUAUUGUACAGACAGUAUUAUGUGUAUAUUAGUUUAGUGUUUAAUAAAAUAUUAUAUAUUUA